AAGACACCAUAUUAUUGAAAAUUUAAUUGUAGAUGGAAAGUGAAAAAGAAAAAAAACAAACUGAGUUAACUGAUCAACGAUUUCUAAAUACAGGUCAACGACGAACAUUACAUGCAGUACAAACUCAACUUGAAACAGAACGACGAAAGGUAUUAGAAAUGUUUGUUAAUUUAAAUAUCAAAAAUAUAAGUAAAGAAAAAUUCAUAUGAUUUAUCUCAUAUUCAAUUGAAAAGUUUAUAAAAAGAAUUCUGAUCUAAUUAUAUUGACAAUUUUAUUGUUUAUUUUUAUUCUUUAGCGAAAAGAAUAUGAUUAUUCAAUCAGACGCAUUAAAAAUGAUAUUUUAGCUAAUUUUUCUGAUCCACUCGAUUAUAAAAAAUUAAGAAUAGCUGUUGAUAAGUUAUAUAAAAAACAUGUUCAAAAGGAAGAGAUACGAGACAUUGACACUAGUGAUGGUAUAUCUGACGAAGCAUCAGCUCAAGAUCGACAACGAUUAUUUCUAGAACAUACUGGUACUAAUUUAAAAAGAAAAUUACAUGAUGAUUUACAAAUAACAAAAUCACAUCGAAUGCGAAUAAUGAAUGAAAAUUCAAUGUUAACACAAGAAAUAAAUACUCUUCGAGAAGAAUUAAAACUUGUAAGAGGAAAAAUUAAUGAUUUUGAGAUUGCUAAACAAACGUUCGAUGACAGAAAUGUUCAUAGUAUCGAUGCUGUUAUACAAACGUUAAAUGCUAAUACAGGAAAUUAUGGCAUGCGAAAUCGUGAUAAAGAAUUGGCAGCCACUGUUCAAGCAAAUCAAAUGGAAAUUCGUCGAUUAAGACAGCGAUUAGCAACAGCGGAAAAUAGUUUUACUUCCGAUGAUCAAUUAGAUGAAAAUAUACAAGACGUUUUACUUAUGAAAUUAUCCUAA